AUGAUGCCGUUAGAUGCAACUCGUCAACCUUAUCAAAAGUUUGUACUUGAUAAAAUAUUUAAAAAAAUUGAACAAAGACUCAAUGAGCCACAAAUCACACAUGACAUUGCCGUUACAAUUCCAGCCUCAAAAUUCGAAGAGCUGAUUGUUUUACCAAUAACUAUUUCUCAAUCAAAUACAUUAUAUUGUCUUGAUAAAGCUCAAACAUCAAAUAAUCCUGAAUUGACUUAUAUUUAUUGGCAAGCUAUGCAUGGUAAUAUGAUGUUAACAAUAUCCAAUGAAGAGAUAAGUCCAGACAAAGAUCAAUCUAAUCUUCAAUGUCUCAUAUGUUAUGUUGCUGCAAAACCAUCGACAGUUACAGAAGAUUAUCAUGAAGCCUAUUCAUGUUUAAAUGAUGGUAGACCAUAUCAACAUGAAACUAAUGUUCAUACAAAUCAAUUUAAAGCUAAAUCAAAUGUAUUCUAUCGUGGUUGUAAUACUGAUGACUUUUUUACGUUUUGUUUGAAAAUUAGUCACAAAAUAGGAGAAGUAAUAUUAUCCCAUGCUGGUCCGAAUGGUAUUUACAAUCAUGAAAAGAUUCAAUAUCGAUUUGGUAAAUCUGAAAUAGAUUUAUCAAGAAUAGAUUUUAUUUAUGUAAGUGCAGGAAAUCAAGAUGUUCCUAUUCGUAAUUUAAUGACUAAUCAUGAGCCAAUGUCUGAGUUGCAGCCAUCAUUUGAUAAAGAUUUUAAAAUAGAUACUUCUACUGUUGCUGCACACAUUAAUGAUAGCACUCCUAAAUCAAAUAUAAAACGGGCAGCAUCUUCAUUUCAACUGGCAACAAAAACAGAAAAUGUAUCUGUUUUCAAAAGAAUAAAGAACGCUUUAUUUUGUUCUUCUAUAAACGUUAAUGCAUCGAUAUCCAAUUCACCAAGAUCUAAUCCACCAAUACCCAACUCAACGACAUUACAGGCGCCAUCAAAGGUUUCAUCAAAAUUGCCUCCUUGUCGUGAUUCUGUGUAUUGUCUGAAUCAGAACUUGAAAGAUCAUAUUAACAACUAUUCCCAUCCUUGCCGUUUUAAUGAACUAUGUCAAAAUAAGGAUAGUGAACCUCAUCUUGCUCACAAACGUCAUAAUGUUUCUAUAUGCUCAGAAGAUGAAAAUUGUUCCCAACUAAUAGAUCCUGUACAUCGUGCACAAUAUCGUCAUUCAAAUUUACCUGAUUAUCUUAUUCCAUGUCGUUAUCAAGACAAUUGCUAUGAAAAGUCCCCGAAUCAUCGAAAAAAAUGUUUUCAUGGUGAAUCAUUACCUUCAAUUAAAAGUUAA